AUGCGCGAAAUCCAGGAAUCAAUCACAAUUGCAGCGCCUCCAUCGCAAGUCUGGAGCGUGUUAAUGGACUUGGAGUCUUGGCCAAAAUGGAAUACCUUCGUCACUUCGAUUCAAGUGCAACCGCCACAUACUGAACUCGCCGUUGGAAGCAAGCAGACCAUCACGAUCGAGAAUAACCAGACAUACACCAAUGUUGUAUCAGUAUUACAGCCUGAAAAAGAGCUUCGAUGGAACGGCAGUAUCUUGACACCGAUUAUCUUCGAUACAGAGCACUGGUGUCGCCUGGAAGCUGUCGAGGAUGGACGAUGGACGCGAUUUACGCAAGGGGAGCGUUUUUCUGGCAUCUUGGCACCAAUAGCUGCUGCUGCGGGAAAGCUGAACGAGCUACAGGAAGGCUAUGUGAGGAUGAAUCGAGAUCUGAAAAAGGUUGUCGAAGAAAGUAGAUAG